ACAACCAAUGGGUAUUUCUCUUAAAAUAGAUGACCUAGAGGUGUCUUUAAAAUUCGUGAUUCUGUUUAAGCAAAUAUUAAUUACAAUAAGUUUGAAAAAUGAAUUUGUCAAGCUAAAAUCGAAGUGUUAAUACUAUUUUUAGAAAAGGUAGGUACAUGUAUAUGCCUAUAAAUUAUGACAAAUAUAUAGCUAAGCAGUUGUAUAGCUAUAGAUCACGUAUGCUUAUCUCGGAUAGUUUUCCUGUGUGUAAUGGUUGUCUGGGGCAUCAGUACACAUUUGCUUUCUUUUUAGUUCUUUUUCAUAUGAAGAUACUACAGCUCUCUGUUGUCUUUUAACAUGCGUCUUUCUUUUCAACGUUUGAAUUUGAUAGGAAGCCUCUUAAAAUGAUAUCUCCGGAAAAAGCCAAUGUUUCUACGGUUAUUCAAUCAAGACAGGCUGUUUUUUUUAAUUGGACGUCCAUAUAGCAUUACGAAAAAUAGGAAAUUAUUAAGAUAAAGUAAGGUCAAAUCUGAAAAAAGAAACUCAAAUAAACAACAAACUUGUCAACAGAAGACACUCGUUAGGGAAAAUUUAAAAAAAAAAAAUAGCCCCUAGUUGAAAAGUAGUAUCCAGGAAAGUAGCAAAAUAAAUGCAUAUAUAUAUGUAUAGCAAAAAGCUUACCAGUUGGUGAAAGAACUAACCACUGCAAAACAAGGACGUGGUACUACCAUACAUGAUAAAAAUGGUAAAUGUUUAACCGAGGAAAAUGAUAUCAUAAAACGUUGGACUGUUUAGAGCUGUAUAAUGAAAGUAUAAAGAUAGAUCCAGAGAUCUUUAUGUCCAGACAAUGAUAACAACUCUAUUAUCCGCGCAGAAGUAGAAGCAGCAGUCCAAGCACUCCAAACACGAAAGGCUGCAGGAGCGAAUACUAUCCCUGCCGAGUUGGUGAAGCAAGGAGGAGAAGCAAUGAUAAGUGUCUUAUUCAAUACUUAUUCAAUACUUGUAACAAAAUAUGACUUACAGGAGAAUUGCCAAAACCAUGGACCCAAUAUCUCAUUAUCAUCCUCCCCAAAAAUGUAACAUGCCAAAACUUUCGCAUCUUUAGCCUAAUAAGCCAUCCAAGCCAGGUCAUGCUGAAGGUCAUAUUGAGCCAAUUAAAACUAUAUGCCGACAGAAUCAUUGUUGAAGAACAGGACGGGACACUACUGAGCAGAUUCUAAACCUCUGAAUACUGUGUGAGAAAUAUGCUAAACACCAACAAAACCUAUACCACGCCUUUGUGGACUUUAAGAAAGCAUUGGACAGGGCUUUAUGGGCCACCAUGAGGCACUACAACUUCAACACAAACCUCACCAGAAUGACGUGCAAAUCUAUGAUAAGGCCACCAGUGCAGUCUUCCUCAACAACUACAUCAAAGAAUGGUUUAAGACCACGGUUGGUGUACGGCAAGGAUGCCUGCUCUACCCCACCCUGUUCAAAAUCUUCCUAGAGAAAAUUAUGUAAGAUGCUCUGGAAGGGCGUGAUGGGACCGUCAGCAUAGUGGCAGAAAAAUCACCAAUCUACGCUUUGUGGACGACAUAGACGGACUGGCUGGAAAUGAAGAAGACCUAGACAACCUGAUAAAGCGUCUCGAUGAGACCUCGUCAACCUGCGGCAUGCUAAUUAGUGCUGAAAAAACAAAACUGAUGACAGAUUACACCACAGUCAUCAUCACUGAUAUUAAGGUCGAGAUGGAAAGAUUAGAGACUGUAGGCCAGUUCAAAUCAAAAGUCUCAGAAGAAGGCCCCAAGCCCGAACUGAUGUCCUGGAUUGCGCAGAUUACAACAGCACUAAAGAAGCUCAAGACAAUAUGGAGUGACACAAAUAUAGACCCCAGCACAUAAGUCCUCUCCAUGUUCCUGCAUGCCUGCGAAUCCUAGACAUUAACAGCUGAUUUUUAAAGGGAAAUAAAGGCGAUGGAGAUAAGAUGCUUCAGAAGCAUUUUUGGUAUCUGCUUUAUGGACCAUAUCUCCAAUGAUACAGUGAAAGAAAGGCUUCGCCAGGUAAUUGGGGAGUAGGAUAACCUACUGGUGACUGUGAAAAAAACGCAAUUACAAUGGUACGGCCACGCAACAAGGAAAAAAGGGUUUGCCAAAGAAAUAUUGCAGGGCACCACAAGAGGAGGGAGAAUAAGAGGAAGACAAAGAAAAAUUUGGGAGGAUAACAUCAAAGAGUGGACAGGACUAACUCUGGGCGAUGCUGUUCGUAGUGCAGAAGACAGAGAGGAAUGGAGGAGGAUAGUUCACAUGUCCUCUGUGGCGCCUCUAUGGUCCAAGGACUAAGGCACUUGAUGAUGAUGAUGAGGAUAUGUGUGUCAUAUAUAUAAAAUUAUAUAUAUCAUAUAUAUAUGUCUGUGAAUUCCACAAAGGCUUUUAGGUGGAUUGAUGGGUCUUGACCAAACUUGGCAUGUAUAUCCAUCAGUAUCCAGAAGGAAAUCUUAAGGGGUUAUAAUAUUUUUGUAACAUUCCGUUUGGGGCCGUUUUAUGUUGAGCCUUCUCGUCCAUGAGGGGCAUCCACCGAUCAUCGUCGGCGUCUGCGGUUCCUCCAAGGGCAUAGGCCACCUACGAGAGACCUCCAGGCAUCUCUAUCCUGGGCCAGCUUCUCCAGGAUCUUCCAUUCAUGGCCAAUUUUCUUGAUGUCUGUCUCCAAUUCUCGGCGCCAAGUGUUUCUUGGACGGCCUAUUUUCCGCUUACCCUGUGGGUUCCAUUUCAGGGCUUGCUUUGUUGUGUUAGAAAUAGGUUUUCUUAGUGUAUGACCAAUCCACCUCCACCGCUUCAGGAGAAUCUCUUCCUCAAUGGGUUUCUGUUUUGUCCGCUGCCACAGUUCCUGGUUGCUGAUUUUGUCUGGCCAUUGAAUUCUGAGAAUCCUUCUUAGACAGUUGUUGAUGAAGGACUGGAUUCUGGUCAGGUUUACGGCCGUUGUUCUCCAUGUCUCAGCUCCAUAUAGCAGCACAGGUUUUACCAUCAAGUUAAAAAUCCUUACUUUUAACUUGCUGCCUAAGUUGUUAGAGACCCAAACAUUCUUGAGUUGUUGGAAGGCUGCUCUUGCUUUUCCUAUCCUUAUUUUGACGUCCGCAUCUGUACCACCUUGUUUAUCUACCAUGCUGCCAAGGUAAACAAAACUGUCCACCUCCUCAAGGGCUUCUCCUUCAAGCAUAAUGGGUGAUGUACUGGUGGCAUUAACCUUGAGGAUUUUACUCUUCCCUUUGUGAAUGUUGAGACCCAUGCUAGCAGAAGUGGCUGCGACAAUGUUUGUUUUCUCCUGCAUCUGUUGUUGGGUAUGUGCAAGAAGUGCAAGAUCAUCAGCAAAGUCAAGAUCAUCCAGUUGAUCCCACAAGGUCCAUUGGAUGCCAUUUCUUUUCUGCUGUGUAGAUGUUUUCAUCACCCAGUCAAUGGCUAACAGGAAGAGGAAUGGUGACAGCAAGCAACCUUGUCUCACACCAGUCUUCACCUGGAAAGCAUCUGUCAACUGCUGGCCAUGGAUAACUCGGCAGUUUAUCCCUUCGUACAUGUUUCUGAUUAUAUCAGUAAUCUUCUGUGGCACCCCGUAAUGCCUUAGCAAUCUCCACAGGGUUUGCCUGUCAACACUGUCGAAGGCUUUUUCAUAGUCAACAAAGUUGACAUAGAGCGGCGAGUUCCACUCUAGUGACUGCUCUAGAAUGAUGCGCAGUGUCGCUAUCUGGUCCGUGCAGGAUCUGUUGGUGCGAAAGCCGGCUUGUUCGUCCCGCAACAGAGGGUCUACAGCGUUUUUCAUCCUGUUAAGUAGUACACGGUUGAAAACCUUUCCUGGGAUGGACAGCAGGGUGAUCCCUCUGUAGUUCGAGCAGGAGCUUAAGUCUCCCUUCUUUGGGAUCUUGAUAAGGUAUCCCUCUUUCCAAUCGGAAGGAACUUGCUCCUCUUCCCAUAUCUUCAUAAACAGAGGGUGUAGCAUUUCCACACUGGUUUCCAGGUCCGCCUUCAGUGCCUCUGCUGGGAUGCCAUCAGGUCCCGCAGCCUUUCCAUUUCUGAGUUGUUUAAUGGCCCUGCUAAUCUCUUCUUUGGUGGGACUAUUACAGUCAAUUAGCAGGUCAUUAUCGGCUGGUUGGAUAUCUGGUGGAUUUCUUGGUUCAGGCCUGUUCAGGAGCUCUUCAAAGUGCUCCUUCCAUCUCCCUCUCUGUUGCUCCUCACUUGGUAUGGUGUUUCCCAUUUUGUCCUUCACUGGUCUCUCUACCUUGCUAAAUUUCCCUGACAGCGUCUUAAUGGUAUCAAACAGUUCCCUCAUGUUCCCUUGGUGAGCUGCAUCCUCUGCUUCUUUAGCAAGUUUAUCAACAAAUUCCUUCUUGUCCCUCUUGAUGCUUUUCUUAACUUCCUUAUUUGCAUCUGCAUACUCCUUCUGGGACUUGUUUUUCUGUGGUCUAUGGUGUGGCUGUUAUUCACUUCUGAUUUCUUUCUUUUCCUUUCUUCUAUUUUAUUUAGCGUACCUCCUGUCAUCCAUUCCUUGUGUGCCUUUUUCCUGUUUCCUAGCACUUCUUGACAUGUUGACUGGACCGUUUCUUUCAUGCUUUGCCACUUUCCUUCGGUGGUUUCAUCUUCAAGUAGUUCUUGUAGGACUUGGAACUUAUUGAAUAGUGAAAUUCUGAAUUCUUCAUUUUUGGCUUGGUCCUUCAGGAGGGAGGUAUUAUACCGAGUCCUGUAUGCUGUUUGCUCGGUAUAAUGUCUCUUUAGUUUUAAUUUCAUCCUGGCUACAAGAAGAUGAUGAUCUGAGGCAAUAUCAGCUCCCCUCUUAACACGUACGUCUUGGAGAGAUCGCCUGAAUUUUUUACAAAUACAUACAUGGUCUAUUUGGUUCAUCGUUCUCAUGUCCGGAGAGACCCAUGUAGCUUUGUGAAUCCUCUUGUGCUGGAAAAUGCUCCCCCCUAUGACCAGGUCAGCUGUGGCACAUAGGUCCGCAAACCUCUCACCAUUGUCAUUCAUCUCGCCUAUCCCUUGCUGUCCCAUAACCUCUUCGUACCCUGUGUUGCUAUUGCCGAUCUUGGCAUUAAAGUCUCCCAUGAGGAUGACGAUGUUCCUCCGUGGGUGACCCUGGACUAUGGUCAUUACUCUAUCGUAGAAUUCUUCUUUGUCUCCUUCAUCAAUUUCAUUAGUUGGUGCGUAGCAUUGUAUAACAUCUAGGUUGAUGCUACGUUUCUUUGUUCGAAAGGUUACUAAAAGAAUUCUAGAUCCAUGGGCCUCCCAUCCAAUGAGUGCUCCUUGUGCUGCCCUUGAUAGCAUCAUAGCAACACCCAGGGUAUGUGGGGCAUUGUCUUCUUCGUGUCCCGAAAAUAUCACCAUCUCUCCUGAGAUUAAUCUCUUCUGUCCCCAUCCAGUCCAUCUUGCUUCACUAAUUCCGAGAAUGGUGAGCUUAUAGCUCCUCAUCUCAGCGGCUAUUUGUGCCGCUUUACCAGCCUCGUACAUGGUGCGGACAUUCCAAGCGCCAAUGACGGUGGUAGUCCUGGUAGAGAUGAUGGUUGUCGGCCUAAUAGCUUCCAGGUUUCGGCUUUCACUAUUAGGCGUCAUAUUUUCCUCCUCAAGGAAUCCAUCCUCUCCCAGGACUGAAAUGUCUUUUGUUACUCUUUUCGGUGCUUUUGUAACUAUGAUUUUUACAUGGCAGGGUUGUUGGCCUUGCGCACAACCACUUGGGGGGUUGCCCCUCACAGCUCAAUGGGUAGCUGCCUUUGUUCAGGUUAGGUCCCUAGCCUUUGUGGAUCCCUCCACUUCCUACACGCAUAAGUUAGCUUUUAUAUGUUAUAUUUCAAAUCGUUUUCAAAUUGCUGUUACACUUUUAUUUUUGUGCAUUUAUAUUAUUUAAUUAGUAUGAUUAUAGAUUGAUAAUUUCUUCUCUUACAGCACAAAAAAGAACAAAAUACACUAUUAUGAAGAAACUUUUUUCUAUCAAUGCCAGAAUUAUAUUGAUAUGUUUCUACUUUGGUAAGUUUAAAGUCAAAAAUAAAUAUUUUUAAACAGAAUAGUCUCUUUAUAACAUUAAUACAUCUCUUUAAAAAUAAAUUUUUUAAGUAUAUGUAUUUUAUGCAAUAAGCAAAAAGAAAUUUCAAUUGUACACAUUUGAAUAAGUUGUAGGUAAAUUAAAAAAUUUUAUUCUUUAAAAUUGAUCAAAUAUGUCAGUAAAAAUUGUUAUUCCUUUAAGUUAAAAGUUAUAUUAUAUAAAAAAAUUACAUAUAUUUAAAGAAAAGAAAUGAUAAAUUUAAAAUAAUAAAAACUUUAAAUAUAUAAACCAUAAAGGACAACUCUACAUAUUAAGAUAAAAAAAAUAUAGCUUCAAUGUGUGAAUUUUGUUUUGGCCGAAUAGAAUGGUGAAACUGAAAAAAAAAUAAUUAUACAACUACUUUGUCAAGGAUGGUUUUUAAGUAUACCACUUUGAUUAUUCGUUCUGUCACCAAAACGUUAUGGCGACUAUUUUAGGAAAUUUUAUGUCCUAAGUUAUGUUAGAAAAAAAUAUGUUUUAUGCGCGAAAAAAUUAUUCAUGUUUUAAAUAACCUCCAAUGUGAUGAACAAUUUUGGACGCUUAACGGGUUUUGAAUUCUUUUUUUUUUAAUUAACUUUUUGGUUUGCUAUAGGAAAGUCAUUUUUUAUCAACGAUAUUUUAUUGACGAUUUGUUGGCUUAAAAUGUGCUCAGUUCAAACCUUUGCAUCUUAAUGCUCAUAAAUAAAAAAAAAAUGAAUCACAUUUUUAGUAGACGGUAAAAAAUGUUGUUCUUAUAAAAUCUUUCAUAAAGGAAAUUAAUACAUUGAUAAAAUGUUUAUGUAAUAAGGCAAUAUUAUUGUCAUGUCAAUAUUUUAAUAUUUUAAAAUGAAAUCCAUCGAUAUGAACUCAUCCAUCAUUUAAUAGUAAGAAAUAAUAACCAGUAUCAUAUUGACAUAUUUAAUCGAGAGGAAUAUUAGUUAUGCAAAAAUUUAACCACUUCAUGAAAGUUUAAUUGCCCUUAACUCUCUCGGUCUUAAAAGGAUGGUAUUAAGCACACCGUGCUUGAGUUGCUAUUUAUUAAGUGUAAUUGUCACAGAUAUGAAUAUAAAAAGAUGGGGGAUAAGUAAUAUGGUAAUGAUUACUCAUAGAUUAUACAUAAGAUUGGGUCUUGAAAGAAUGCCCAACUAGAGAAAGAGCAGAGAGUGAGACACGAUGGAAUUAAAAUAAAAUUGUUGUUUGAAUUCACGAAGUUUAUAUAAGAAGAUUGAACAUUUUAUAAUGUGUUGAUACAUUAAAAAGUAACAAAGACUAUCCAGACGCUGAUAAUUAAAGUAUUACUAUUAAUGGGAUAUUAGUUCAAAAUAUAUUCGGAUUUUCAUGAGAUGUCUUAUGUAUUAUGAUCUUGUAUGAUAAAACAGUCGCCACUAUUAUUUGAACCACUACGAUUAUGUUAUUAGAUUGUGAUUGUGACAUCAUUAUUUUAUGUGAUAUCUCUGCAAAUUUCUAUAUUAAUAUUUGUCUACUUUUGCAAUUUACUCUUAGACUUAUUUAAGUAUUUGAGAAAUAAUUUCAAAGAUAUUUAAUUUCAAAGCAAAUUUCGUAAUAUUUUUGUUUGACAAAAAAUAACGCUCUAAAACCCUCUUUCACAAAGUUUUUUAACUAUGCCUUGUCAGAAUUUGCUAAUGAUUAAAUUGUUUAGAAAAGAUAUAUUCAAAACACAAUGAUGAGAAAGAAUCACAUGAAUACUGGGAACGACUUUAUAAAUACAGAUUAGUUAAAUAAAUUCAUUUACAUAAUUUGCCAAACAUUUUUGAGUGCUCCUAAAAUAGUUUCUGCUUCAUGUGAGAAUAAAUAACGAAAUAUCGAAAUAUCGAAUUAAAAUUAUAUUGACAUAAAAUUUAAAAUACAAUUCGUUACAAUUUUGAUUUUUUUUUUUUUUUUUUUUUUAGUAUUUUUUUUUUUUAAGUUUAUAUUUUAUGUUUUUCUUUGAAAAAAAAAAAAAAAAAAAUUAAAAUGCAUACGUUGUAUUUCACUAUUAUACGCUAGCUAUCAUUUUCAUCAACAGCAUCUUAAAUUUUUUACCGUCCUUCUUCUUAUCACAAUUAUUAUUAAUAAAAAUUAAAGAGCAUCUUAAAUGAGAUAGAAAAUAUAAAGAAUUUAUGAAAGUGUUUUAUGUUAAUUUUUAUUAUUGAAUUAGACAAAGAGAAAUAUGAGUUUUUCAAAACGAUUUCGCCGUUUAUUACUAUUUUUGUUUUAUGAGAUGUUUUGAUAAUAUUCUCCAGAUUUGUGCAAAGCAGAGUGGACUUCUGUCGAUAAACCAUACUCAUUUAGUUGUGACUAUGCCAAAAAUGUUUUAGAUUCGAUAACUUGGCAAUCUCAAGAUUUAAUAUCCAAGUAUAAGUGUUCUAUAUACACAAUGCCACAGUGUGAUCCAGCUGAUGACAAUGUUAGUUUAUAUUACGAAGCGAAGAUGACAUCAAAUGGUUCGGUGUAUACAAGUGUUUUUACAAUCAAGUCUGUCCCAUUAUUACCGUACAACACAACUUGGUUUUGUCGAGUUGAUCUUUCUGAUCAAACAUCAUUUAAAAUACAAUAUAGUCUCAAUGGUUUUGGUGAGAUUUACGUUUAUUUGUAAAAUUUAAAAAAAAUUUUUUUCUAAAUGUUUAAUUUUUUAUUUAUUUAUAAAUACGACUUUUAUUACAGGUUGUAAAGUAUAAAUAACACCUAUUACAGUUGUUUAAAUAUUUAUUGCAAUGAAAUCGCAUUGUAGAUAUAAAAUGAAUUAAAAUAACUUUGAUAUCUUAAUUUUUUCUAAGCUCCCCCUAAGACACCAACAUGUGAUACAGUAACUGUAGUUGAUGACAUCAACAUUCAGAUACAUUGUUUCACGGAAAUCGUUUUUCCAACAGCCAUCUGUGAUUUUUACGCUAUUACUAAUGUAAGUAAAUCAUAGUUAUAGAAAUAGUUUAUGAAUUGUUAACGCCUAGAAAGAUGAAGAUGGAACUGGUAGAUAUUAGUUAAAAAAGUUGGUUAUCUUUUUAUUCAUCUUUUGUGUGUGCGCGUGGGGGGGUGGGGGUGGGGACAUUGGAGGGUUUUCGAAAAAUACUAUUAAUUUCCAAAACCUAAUUUUAAAAUAGUUUUUUUCAAAUUUAUAAAUAUAUUAUUUUUGAAUGGUCGUGGGACUUACAAAAGGCACAUCAUUAAUGUCCGCAUCCCUAUUAAAUAUGCUCUAGAAUUUCUCUCACUGUUUCAUUGAUCUCACCGUUUCUGGCCAAUCACAAGUCUAAGAUAUCUGUAGCCGUUUGGUACAUACAGUUUAAAUUCCCAAACAAUGAAAUGCAGGUCUGAGAACUAUUGCUUUUAUUUUUGAGGUACAAUCCGUUAGACAGGCAGGCAAAUCUCUAAAACAUGUAUCUGAUCUCGAAGUAACCGUUUCUCACACACGUGAUAAUGUACACGCUCAGUUUCAGACACAGCUGACAACUUGAUCACCACUCAGAAAGAACAAGGUUCAGGGAUCAAAUUCCACCCUCUUCAUGUCGUAACAAUUAUAUCCACGUCAUUAGCUGUUAACAAGCCCCCCCCCCCAAAUCCCCCCCCCCCCGAGACAGGGAUACCCAGCUCUGUGAAUCUGAACACACCUGGCGUAAAACAUCGUGCUACAGGACCAUGUUUUCUUUGAACCAUAUGUGGCAACUAGCCACAUAUAAAAAAUGAUACAUAUAUCCCGUUAAAAAAAGUUGCACAUUGUAAAAUAUCAAUUGUACAUACAUUUUUAAAAUUUUUUAUUACGUUUUGAGAUUUUGGUCAUUAAAUGAAAAAUAAGUAAUAAAGAAACUGAAAAACAAGUUUACAAAGAACAACUUUACUGAAGCUAAUUAUUCUAAUAAUAUUUGAUUUAAGUGUUCUUUAAAUUUAUAUCAAAAUAUAUAUUUUAAAAUUGUUAAAUACAAAUUAUUUCAAAUUAUGGCACACAAAUGGAGAAGUUGCAUUUCUCGGAAGAUAUCACUUUAUUGAACACACAUAUUAAGAGUGUAAUCUUGUAUUUAUAUAACGUCUAGUAAAUGUCUAGAAAAAAUAGAAAAAUCUCCCUGCCUAGAAAAGAUCCUUAAUUAUAUAUAUAAAGUGGAGAAAAUUAGAACAAUCUAAAAAAUAUAUUUUUGAAAGUUUGUCUCCUAAAAGCAUUCUUUUGAAGAAAUAGAACUUUUUCAAACGUAAACGCCUUUUCUAAGCCAAGAAAUGAAUUGGUAAAAUGGAGUGAAGAUAAACAUUUAAUCCGUAACGACAAUAUCAAAACAGAAAUGGGCGGGGUUGAAAGGUGCUGGAUCACCGUAGUUCUACCUUGCUUUAAUAUAAAAUGGCUUUACUAUCACACAUCAGCCAUUCAAACAUGUUUGUUAGCCUGACGAGAAAAGAUGCUCUACUUUUGUCUUAGCUAAAGAGACGAGAAACGAUCUUCAACUCAAGAACCAACGUUAGUUUAAUGAAAUUGAGAAAUGUCGAUAUAUAUUUUUUAGGAAAGCUUAAUAGCUUCCAUAUGAGAUGCCUGCGUCGCAUCCUUGGUAUUAAAUGGCAAGAAAAAGUGACUAAUAGUGAGGUCCUAAUGCGUGCGAAUAGCCAAAGCAUGUUCACAAUCCUUAGUGAAAGACGCCUGAGAUGGCUAGGUCAUGUUAAAAGAAUGAGUCCCGGCCGCAUUCCGAAAGACCUCUGAAAAAGAGGAAAACAGGUCGCCCACGUCUGCGAUUUAAAGAUGUCUGUCAAAGGGACAUGAAAUCAGCCAAAAUACAUACAAGUGACUGGGAGUGUAAGGCAAAAGACCGAUCUGCGUGGCGCACAGUUGUCAAAGAGGGCGUCAUGAUAGCCGAAAAGCGAAGAAUGGAAGAGGCUGCAGACAGAAGAGCUAGGAGAAAGGCCAAAACAUUUGGAAGCACGGAACUCGUGUGUAAAAACUGUGGUUAAAGACUGUCACUCAAGGAUAGGACUGCACAGCCACUCGAGAAAAUGCAACCCAAACCAACGGUGAUGCACCAUCGUCUCACGAGACGGAAGGAUGCCGAUUAUAGGAAAGUUUUUAUAGAUUCAUUAUUUUUGUUACUUUUUUAACAACAUAUGUCUAAAUUUACAGUACUGAAAAGAAAAUUCAUGCAAUAUUUUCCUUGCUGUAAUCUCCAAUUGUAUUUAUCCUUCAAUAAAACAAAUAAAAAUUAUAAGUGUAUUAAUUUACCACCCUAUGCGUAACGUACAUUUUUAAAGUGUGCACCGCCUUGCUAUAAACAGUGUUCAUAUCGCUCACGAAGAAUUUCAAAACUAUCACUGAACAAUAAUUGCUGCAGACUCUUAUAAAAGGAAAUUAUUUUCUCUCGUGAUAUAGGCAUUGUUCUUGGUGAGCUUUUACAUUUGAACGCGGUCUCCUUUAGCAUUCCACACAAACAGUUAUCAGUUUGCGUAGGAUCGGGAGAUUGCGUGAGAGUAACACUUGAAAUGGUUCGUCCUGUGAAACUUUUUGCAAUAGAUCAAUAGAUUAUUGGAUGCAAUGACUGAUCUACCCAUAAAGUUGAUACCACUGUCUAUUAAUGUAAACGUUUUUCGCAAGACAGAUCCUAAUAAAAUCCUAAUUAAAGUAUUUAAUCACCACGUCUCUGUUUUUUUAUGUUAUUUAUGUUAAGGGACGAUGAGAGUAUCUUAUCACUCUCAUCAUCCUCAUAGGUAAUAAAACAUCGAGCUAAAAUGGCACUCCUUUUUGUCACACAUGCACUGCCUAGUGGUUUAUUGACAAUAACAUAUGGGUGUUAAAAGCCCAGGAAGCAAAUUGUCUGGUAAUUGAGGUAAUCUUCCAAAUAAGUGAUACAUUUGCCCGAGGACAAAAACUUCCUUAAAAAGUAUCGAUCCUCGAACUCCAUGGCCAAAGAUGCUGCACAUUACACCAUCCAUGAUCUCAUAUCUAGCUCAGUCAAUCUUUGUCAAGCCUCUAUGCGGUACAAAAAUGUGGUUGUAUAAUUAGCUAAACAGCGAACGGGCGUAACGCUGAUGUUCCUUUUCAAAUAACUAAAUCCUAGGUUUCAUAAUGUGUAUUUAGGAAAAUGUUGCCAUUUCUCAUUUCUCUAAUCUGUUACUGGUAGACAAGUCUUCCUCUUAUUUAAGACAGUGCAGUUCAAAAUAGCGAAACUACCUCACAAUAGACAGAUAUAGCCGUGCUACUUGUUUCCAUCAAUUAAAUUUACAUUGAAAUAGUUUUGGCACCUUUUACAAAACUCAGCCCCACUUUACGCAUAGUUUCGUAUGCUGUCAAUUAUGAAUUUUUUCAUUCUUAGACGACCCAUUCCAAAUCACAACUACCUACGUUUGCUCUUGGAGCAUAUUGUAUUUUGCGUUUUCUUUUGUAAUAGCAAUGAAUGAGGCCCAUUCCUCUGUGUUCGGAGUAACAACUGAUAAUUAUUCUGUAUUCUACACUCGUUUUAUGCUUCACAUUCAUGAUCAAAUCAUUCCAAUUUUCCACGCCUUUAAGUUGAAACAUUCAUGAAUAAAAUCAACUCAUGACGUCCAGUCAUACCACAUAACAACAACACAGGCCAAUCAAGGUCACAAAGUUCACUCAAUACUCACAUAAAUAAUUUUCGAUCAUGCAUGUUACAGCAUAAUUUGAAAUUGCUGCAGAUUAUCAAUAUGUUUAAACGUUACUUUGGUUGAUGCCUUAAUAAAUUAUAAGUCUGUUUUUCUCUGUUUUUGUGAUAAUUAAUGAAGGACAACGUUCAAGCUGUGUAAACGACAUUGGUGAACACGUAUGUGGAAGCUUGAAGUUAAAGAAAGGACUAUAAAAGGAGAAUAAUGACUUGUUAACGCAUUUUAGGACAAUGACCAUCAAGCUUCUUUAGAAAACACAAAUUGAUUGUUAAAGCCAACAGAACUAUGUCCUCUUAGCAUAUGGUAGGGUUCAUAUUAAAUUUGGAUUAGCUUUUACCGUGCAAGAGAAGGCCUAAACAGUAUAUUCAUUUUGCUUUAUUUAGUACUCAUGUUGUUUUUUUCUUAUAAUAUAAUCGUAGCCCAAAGUGGACUCUAGGUUUUAACUAACUAUAAAAGACCCAUAUAAGAUUUCAUUUUCAAAAAAACAAAUUGAAUGAAAAAAACAUCUAAUAAAUUUAGCCAACUAUAGAAAUGUUCAAUCAAAUAAUUAUUUGUUUUAUAUUUUUUGCGGGGGGGGGGGAUUUAUUUUGCGAAAUCGUAUUUUUGUAUUAAAUAGUUGAAAAGGUAUAAACAUACAACAAAUCUAUAUACGGUAAAAGAUAUAAAUUAUGCAAUAUCUAACGAUAGAAAUGGUGUUUUUGAAACAUGUAAUUGCAUUUCAAAUUGUCAUUUAUUAUUUAACCAAAAGGUUAUUUUACCGACUCCAUUCGUUGUCUAAUGGUAUUUUUAAAAAACGAACAACAAUUGUAUUCCCCAACGUUAUGUUCUUUACACCUACUUCUUGCCGUAUCCAGAAAUUUGAUUGAAAGAAAUUUCGUCGACGGUAAAUUGAUCGACGGUAAUUUGAUCGAACGGAAAAUGGUCGAAUCUUUUUUCCGUUUUUACGUUUAAAUUUGGCUUCAAAUGUCUUUUUGAACGCAUUAUUUUGUUUUACUAUAUAGUACAGUGCGUUCAAAAAGAAAUUUGACGAAAAUUUUAACGUAUGAACUGAAAAAAAAAUUUGACCAAAUUUACUGUCGAUCAAAUUACCGUCGAUCAAUUUACCGUCGACGAAAUUUCUUUCGAUCAAAUUUCCGGUAACCACUUCUUGCUAAUGGAUAGUUUUGUUAAAAACUGAAAGUUGUAUGGCUUUGCAUAAGCUAUUUUCGUCAUGAAUAUAAUUACAGUUACUACGUAGAAUUCGAUAUAUUGUUGCUCAGCAUUUAAUUACUGAACUGAAAAAUACACUACAAGGCCGAUUUUAGCUUUAUGCGAGACAUAUAUAACGCAUUGAAAAAAUCCAUCUUGAUAUAUAACGAAUGUGUGGGUAGUAUGCACUAUUUCUAUGUUUCUAUGUUUCAAAAUGUUGUAUUUAGUCUCCAUAAAGAAGAUAGAUUAACAUAACUUUUUCGUUUAUGUAACUAAUAUGAAGUAUGGAUGUUUUAAAGGGCAUAUUAUUAAAAAAAAUAUACGGAAAUAUGUGUUGCAUUGUAUAACGAAUGUGUGGGUAGUAUGCACUAUUUCUAUGUUUCUAUGUUUCAAAAUGUUGUAUUUAGUCUCCAUAAAGAAGAUAGAUUAACAUAACUUUUUCGUUUAUGUAACUAAUAUGAAGUAUGGAUGUUUUAAAGGGCAUAUUUUUUAAAAAAUAUACGGAAAUAUGUGUUGCAUUGUAUUCCUGUUUUUGAAUAUGUUGGACAUUGCGUGGUAAAAGGAUGUAGGGCAUUGGAAUGUUAAUACUGUUAAAGGAAAUGCAAAAAAUGUUUGGUGGCAUACUUAUCACCCUAAACAUCCCGGUUCUAACAAUAUUGUAUAUUAAAAAGUAAUACUUUAUUUCUGUGGUACGGAUUGGUUGCGAUUUUGUUAUAUUGCUAAAAGUAACACAAGAUGGGCCACAUUGUUACAGUGGGCUUUUUGACAAGUGCAUGGGUUCGCUUUUUUAAAAAACUUUACAAUAUAUUUAAUAUUGCGCUAAAUGGUUAUUUAGAUAAAUAAGAAGAACAUUUUUAUACAAUUAAUUUUUCAGUUUAUGUUUUUACACCUUAAGGGAUAAAAAUUUUGGUUGGAACAUUUUAUAUUUAAUUAUUGGUACUUUCAAACCUGAUUUUGUCAUAGUUUGAUUUCAAUAAAUAAUAGUUUUAAAAAAAGCAUUCCUAUGAUAUGAUUUAUAUUCUUUAAUUUAGGUGUGAUACUCUCUUACGAGCUAUCAUCUAAUCAGUUCUAGGGAUUUUAUGUUUUGAUCGAAAUCAAUAACAAGGAACAUAUUUUAAUCAUAUUCACUCAUGCGGAACUCAAAAGGAGACUACAACCAAAUUUUUUUACAAAUGCAACGAUGCAAUUUAAAAAAAAAAAAAUUUCCCUUACAAUAAUAUAAAAAAUAUUAAAAUUAUGAUAAUCUAUAACUUAAAUGAAUUGCUUAGAACUAUUAUUUCAUAUAUAUCAAAGUUCUAAUUACUAUGGAUAUGGCGUCCCGCAUAAACAUUUCAUUUCAUUAUUUUAAGUCAUUCUUUCUAAUAAGAUUUGUCUCUUCUGACUAUUUUAUGUUUAUACAAAUGAAAUGUCAGCUUAAUAUUUGACUUCUAAGUAUCCAAAUAAUGGUUUUAAUCGUCUUUGAAACAGGAAACAAGAGAAGAAUAUCUUAGCACUGGAUUGAUCUCCUAUUACAAUCAGCCAUCAAUAAUUAAUGGAUACAAAAGGACAGACUGUACUUACACUGUGUCUGCUUGCAUCUUAGGAAAUGGAAGGCAUCUUUUCAGUGUUGUCAUGUAUCCAAAUAUAACAUCAUAUAUAACAGAUGAAAUGAAGAGAGUGGGACAUUACAAAGAUCAAAUGAUAAUAGGUAAAAUAUUUUUUAUUUCAAAAUUAUUUAAAUGGUAAAACUUCAUGCCCACCAGCACAAUAACAGAACUCUGGCUCAAGCUCACACACCACAAAAGAACACAGUAUAAACAUAAAUUGGCAUCAAAUUCCUCAUGAACUCUAAAACUUUUCUGUUCUUACAGUGGAAAGCCUUUAAAGCGUUCUCAACGUCGAAUAUUUUUGUGGUUAUUUACACGAAAAGUACUAAUAACAUAUAUAAGUGUAACAGACUAUGUUUUCACAAGAAAACAGAGAGGUAGCAUGAGUGAACAGUGAAUUAUGUUGACCAUGUUUUUUUCCACGAGGAGAGAGAGUGGAUUGUAUUUUGAGAAGCAAAUGUGAGCCCCACGUUUUUGGAGAGUAAAUUAUGUUUUUUGGUAAAGCAGUCGUUUCCACGCUUUGCUGGUGAUAAAAGGGGCAGUUGAUUGAGAGUUACAGUGAGAGCAGUAGAGUUAGAGAACAGUUGAGCUGAGUUAUAGCAGUGUGAAGACGUGUCGUUCUGAGUGAUGGAAUAUUAUAUAUAUAUAUAUGUGAAAUGAUUACAUUCAUGCAAGGAUUAUUAUUAAUAUUAUCAGUGUAAAGUGUGAUUCAAUAAAGUACUGUAAGUUUAAUCAGAAUUCAGUAUCCUUCUUUGCGUGACUGGAUAAUAAGUGGAAGAAUGAAGAAGUCUUAGCCGGCAUCCUGAAUUAUUAACAUAAAACAAGUGACCAUGCUACUGACAUAACGCACUAAGAAAUACGAUCUCACGCCAUGAGUUACAACGAUGUCAGAGCAUGUGUUACAAUAAGUAUACCAGUGUAUGUGUGCAAAGACAUUAACAAGUUAAUUUCCUUCUCCUUUUAUAAUUAGUAAAUUAUUAGAUGCCUCAUUAUGGGUUCCUCGAAAACUUUACUCAAAACAGAGCAUUCACAAUUUUUUUUUUUUUUUUUUAAAUUCUAUAGAUAUCUGUAUUUAUAAAUAGUUCCACCUCUUGAUAUGUCCCGUGGUCUUCGGCUUUUUCUAUUUCCCAGUUGAUUCAAAGUAAGAUAGAGUAGAGUUAUAUCUGAUUUCUUUAGUAAAUGUCGAUUCAAUAUUUAUUUCGUCUUCUAUAAUUCCUGCAAACGUUUUACAAACAUUUGUAACCGUUUGUUUUUAUUGUUGCCUCUUCUCCAGAUGUCACAUUAUUCCAUGUUUAUUUAUUCUGUCCACUGCCACUCUUUAAAGAAUAACCUACUUUGAAUUUGUUACUGCAAAAAUUGAAUUUGCGUAUUUUUCUCCCUCUCGUUAUGUGACAUGGUAAGUAUGGACAAAUCAAGAUGUGAAUUAUGUUAUAUUAAACGUGUAUUAUAAAUGUCCCCUUACAAUUACGGGAAUGGUGUAAAUAAUAGAAUUACUAUACCCGAUAUAUAGUCUAUGUUAUGGUCUAAAUAUUUAAAGGAUUUUGUUUGCAUAUAAUGCUAACUAUUUAAAUAUAAUAAUUUAAAGUGUUAUUAACCUUAAAAUGAGAUCAUCCUAUAAUUUUUAAUUCGUUUGACUCGAUGAAUUUUCAACUUGAGAAAUUUGAAAACAAAUUCGAUAUCUUUUAAAAUGAAAACAAUAAUAUUUUAUCUGAUGCAUAUUUAAAGCGCAAGCUUAAUUUAUUAUAAUUUAACAUAAUAAAGUCUAAAUUCUUUAAAUAUAAUAUUUGCUUACAUUUUUGUUUUCUGUUAAACACAGAUAACAUUAUAUUUUUAUUUUUACUGUAUCAAUUUCCAUCAAUACUCCAUAAUAGUUUCCAAUUCUUUCAUCGCUAGAUUUUCCUGAUGCGCCAACAAUAUACAGCGUAACAAACGAGGAUAAACGUAUAGCUUCAAAGAAUGUGUUGCUUCUUUAUAAAGGAAUUGCUGUUAUCAUGUGCGAAUAUAAAGGAAGCUUCCCAAUCUAUAAGAACAUACGUUUAAUAUGUGGCAAUGUUGAAAAUUAUUCCUUAAAAAAGACAGGUACAUAUUUAUAUUUUUAUUUUUUUUAAAUAAUAAAUAAUAUUUAUAAAUAAUUGAGAUUUAGCAUACAAUGUAAAGUAAAAUAAAAUUAGCUAUUAAAAUUUGUGUUCAGAAAAUUAGACUACAACUUAAUUUUUAACUAUUAAAAAAAAUUUGUAUCCAUUGUUAAUAUUUUAACUUAUGCUAAGAAAGAGCUCACGUCUAAUCAACAUGUCAUUUUACAAUAAAAGGCAUGUUUUUUAAAUUUUAUUUUAAACAGAUAUAGAUAUUGUAAAUUUGAUUCUCAACACAUCAACAUUGGCAGAAAACGAAACGUGUACUUGUGAAGCAUGGCGAGAUGACUCCAAUUGUCCACAUAAAAAAGUAACAGUUAAUCUCCAAAUAGAGCAAUGUAGGUGCUUGUUAUGGCAUUCAAAUUUAAGUAUAGCGUAAGUUUAUUUAAUCAAUUUUUUUUUACAAAUCUGUUUCACACUUUAUUUUAAACAUACCUCUUAAUGCAUAUAUCAAAUUAAUAAGUCUAUUAAUAACUAGCUAAAUACCCCUAGAAAUGGUGUCUCAGAGAACUAAAAUAAUAAUUGAUGAUAAGAAGAAAAAAUAUGUUUUUUAAAGCAGAAAAGCAUCGUUUUUGGAAAUAAUAAGGGUAGCAUACAAGCCGUAAUGAUUGGUGAGUGUAACCAGGCAAAAGAAUUGACAAACACUCCCUGGAGUUUAUACCUUUUCAUCAUCUGCUUGUGAAGUCAUAUAUGCUAUUUGAAAAAGGAAGUUUGAGAACGCCUCAACCUUUUAAUACUACUUGAGAUUAAUCAGUGUGUUGACUUGCAAGGAUUGAACUUACACUUUAAGCCAUAGGUGGCAUAAAUCACGACUGAUAACAUCAUAAGAAGGUAUAGGAAAACCUGGAAAAUGAAAAUACAAAAAAUGGCGAACGAAUUGGCAAAGAAGAAAAUUUAAGAUUUUAUAAUCUAAUUAAAAUAGUCUCGCCCAAUCACAUCUCCGAAAAAAAAUGUUAAAAUGUAUGGAGCAUUUGUUUGUUUAAAAAAAAAUAGAUUUGUUACCAUAUUUAUUUGUUAAAUUUGAUCCUCCCCAACACAGAGCGCAAGCAGCUGCUUACUCUACCCCCUUCUGUAGACGCCCCUGAGUGAGUGAGCGAGUCUCUGAGUGGUAGUAGGCUUUUAUAAAAAAAUAUUUGGUUCUCAAAAAUUUUUAAAAAUAUUUCAUAAUUUCAAGUAAUAAUGAUAUCGAAUUCCAGAUAAUUUGUCAUAGGCUUUUGAAAUAAAUAGUGGAACAAAUUGUGUUUAAUCUGAAAAAAAAAGACUGGGCAAUAAAGAAAGAGCGUUCCACUAUUUCCGUCACAUAGCUUGAACGCAGUACUUCAUUUACCUCCGUUUAUUUUUUUUUUAAAUAAAGACAUUUCCACAUCAGCUGUUGUUUUUUAACCUUAUUUAAUUGAUUUAUAUACUAAAUACAAAAUAAUAUUUUUAAAUGCCCAUCAUUCGCAAAAAUUUAAUAGCUCUUAAUCAAAUGGAUUGUAAAAUCUGCUAAAGUGCCUGUAUGACGGUAUGGUGUUUUUAUUGUUUGUCUUCUGUCCCACGUUAACGUAGAGGCGUCGUGGGGAGGAACAGUUGGCGGAUUGCUACCAGGUGUGGAGAUAAAUGUUGUGGUCUUUGGGUGUCACAACACAGUCAGUUCACCGUUCUCUUAAUUUGCGUUUAGCCUAGAGACAGAAGUGCCUGCUAUUGUAUGUACGAUGGUUGAUAGACAUAGUGAGUUGCAAAACCAAUUACUGUUUUCGGCCAUAUACUGGCUAAUUGAGAUUUAUCUUGUUUCGAAUGUGAUUCUUCUAAAACCAGCUGCUCGUCUUAAACAUUUUUCUAAGGUGAAAAUUUUUCCCCAACUGUUUUUUUCCGAGCCCGGAUUGACCAAAAAAGUGUUGAAAAAAACACAUUAAUAAGCUUAGCUUUGGCUUCAUCCAUCUUUAUUCUUGUGAGUUUUAGUAGCGAAUGAAUUUAUUAGCUGACGGUAUUUAGCAGCUGAAGCCUUGUAUCUUUCUCUUUAUACAUUUUUCCGCCUUCGGCAAAAAUGCUUUCCAGAUAUUGUAUGGGCUUCAAUUCAUUGACAUGUAUGUCUACCAUUGCUUGGGUUCUAACAUGACAUCGGUAUUAGCUUAGAAUAUUUUCUUUUCAAAAAAGAUAGCUAUAUAGUAUGCAUGAUUGUUGUUUGAAUUAAAUGAACUUUGUGACGUGAAUGCCCUGUGUUUUAUAAUGCGGUAUAACUUGACAUGGAGAGCUGUUUUCAUGAAUAUUUGAACUUAAAAUAGUGACUAUUGGUUGGAGAACUAGAGAGAGUAAUCGUGUGAUGUGAGGUAUAAAACGAAUGAGAUUGAGAAAUAAAAGGGAGUUGUUACACAGAAAACACUCGAGCUUUCAUCAUAUUUUAUUUUUACAAUAUGACUAUAUAGUAGGUAGCCGGUAACAAAAUAAUAAUGUUCAAAUUUCAUUUAUGUAUUAAAAACAAACAUAUAUUAUGCUUACCUCUCCCAUUCAAUGAAACAGAUCAAAGUCAAAGUAAAUCAUGUAAUGAAUUCAAGGAAGCUGCUAUUGGACUUGGUUUUACAGCUGGCAUACUUGCGCUUAUCCUUCUUGUAGCUCUUACAAUGUUCGUAAUUCGGCGAAAUAAAAGUACGUUCUUUUUUUUUUUUCGUAUUUUCAAUCUUAAGUUGGUAUCAGAAUCGAAAUUAUGUAUGAUAUGUAUGCAAAGUAAAUGAACUAUAAGUAUACAGUUAAUUGAGUAUACGUUUUGUGCAGUACAAAGAAAAACUUAAUACAUAAUUAGGAGUUAAAUAUAUUGAAAACUAUAAUUUUGAAAAGAAAACAUUUUGACUGAUUUAAAAUCCACCAUAAAAUGUAAUGACAUAAUUUUGAAAGAUAUGAAAAAAAUAGCACUUAGCUUUUACAAUUGCAUUUUUUUUUUUCAUCUAAAAAUUUAAAUGAUAAUAAUUCUUCUAAGAAUUAGAUACAUGAUGAUAUAGCUUAAUUCAAAAUUAGCUUUCUCAUUAUAAUGAAUGAAUUAUUUACAAACUAAAAACAUUAUAAACAAAAUUUAUUUAUUUCAGAUAAAAAAAAGAAAAGUUCAAAGAUUGUAAUACAAAAGUAAGCGUACUCUGUUUUAUUUAUUUUCUAAAUUUCAGGUUAGUGUAAUGGUGACAAAUUACACAUGCACAUCAUAUUUUACAAAAAUGCAUUUGAAUCUUAUUUUUUCUUGCUUUAACUAGCAGACAACAAAUUAUAUUAUCCGAUAAGAAAUGAUCUUAUUGUAAACAAAACUAAACAACAAUAUUAUGUUAAAGGAGACCUUCAUUCAGCUAAUCGGAGAAAUAACACUACCGAAAUCAAUAUGAUAUCUCUACAAAAUGUUUAUUGACCUCGGUAGGACUUGCUUCUAUCAUUUAACAAAAGUUUUAAAAAAACUUGAUAAUCUUUGAAAACCUAUGUGACUUAGCUUUCUUUUUUCAAGCAGAAAUAACCAAAUCUCUUGUAUGUGGUUUCCGACUUAGCCUAAUGCAAAUUUUCUCCCUUAUGAGUGGUGUUGCCACGGCAACUCAAGUGGCACCAUCUAAACCUCCAUUUCAUGGGGCAUUUUAAUAAUUUAUAGAGAAAGAGUACAAAUUAAACUUCCAUAUUUUUUACAAUUUUUAAUGAAUAUAUCCAAGAAGCCCACACCAUGUUCUAACUAUUUGUAUUUUUAAAAAAUAAAAUUUUGUGUACAUAAAUGCUUGGGUCAAGAAAUCAUCAUCCAUUUUGACCUUAUCUCAAGAAAUCACAAACAUAUAAACAAAAACACUCAAAAAUAGCAACUGCAUCAAACAUUAAGUAUUUUAAUUUUUUUUCUAAAUGUCAGUUUUAAAAUGUAAAGAGGCAGUCAUUUUGAUGAGAAUGAUUGAAUAGUACUUUUAACCAUGUUAUUUUAGCAUGCUCACAGUGCUCUGGUGUUCCAAAAUAUAUUGAAAGAAGAAAAAAUCUUGAAAUAUUUCUUAAAUAAUUUUUUAUCAUAUUCAAUUUCCCUCUAAGAUUGAUGCAAACUGUUCCAUAAGUUAAGUGCAAUAGCUUCAAAAAGGGGCACUUCGUAUGACUUCUUUCUGUGUCCAUCCUCACUGGUUACCUCAAAAAGGAUUGUGUUCAAGAGCGGAGGUUCUGUUAAUAAUGUUUAAAAAAUUAAGGAAAAUUAUUAAAGAAAUUAUAUAUAAAGUGUCCACUUAACUUCAAAUAUUAAAUUUCUGAAGCUUUUAAUUAUUUUUUACAUUUCAAAUACCAGUAAUUUUAUGUGAUGAAACCUACACAUAAUAAGAAAAGUAAUCAAAGUUGCAAAAAAUUCACAAUUGAAAAAUAUCUCUCAAACUUAUUUAUAGUACCUUUUCUUUUUGUAACCUUAUCGCUAUCUAACAAGACAAAUACUUGCUAACAUUCCACAAAGUAUGAAAAAUAUGACACAAUUUAAUUUUUCUUUAAUUCGUACUGUGCCGUGUGAUUUUUUUAAAUUAUCUUCAUGUAGGUACAUUUAAAUCAAUCACUAAACGAAACAAAGUGAAGAGUCUCUUUUAUAUGUAUAUAUUUAUAUAUAUACUAGCGAGAACUCGGCAUGCAUUGCAAUGCCACUCAAAGAAAAAAUGUGUUUUGUGUUUUAACGAAUUUUUUGAAGCCAGUUUUAAGAAGAAAAUAUUUUUUUCCCCGUCUGGUGCGUACAUAAAUAAAUUUGAUUGUUUUUCGACACAUGAACAGGCCAUGUACAGCUGUCCACGUGAGAAGCGUGGAUUUUUUAAAUUUAGUUCACACAUUUGUAGCGAUUAAUCAAUCCAUGCAGCAGCUCUUUUUAAAAUUAUAUAUAAAAAACAAAGCCACCCCCCUCCCCGGCCCCAAGUGCCUAAUUGUAAAAGGGUUGUAAUAAUUCAGAAAAAGAAACCUAAUUAUUAUGUAUUAUCACACAAAAUGAAAUGUCACUUGUAUUUUAUUGAAUUCCAUCCACCAUGCGCUAGCUCUGUUUGAAAUUAAAUGUCUAUAGCUCCUAUAAUAAAAAAAUUAAUUUGCGGGCUUGCGCAAAAAAAAUUUACCACAAUUUUGUCCUAAUCGGAUGAAUGUUAUAGGAGAGCAUACGGAAAUUAUAUUAAUCUCAUGACUGUAUGACAGAAAAAAUAAAAGAAUUUUGAGCUUUUGGCCCAAAACCUAAUAUUGUAAAAUGCGUGUAAUAAUUCAGAAAAUGUUACGGUCGUAUGCUCAACAACUCAUUUCAGUUUGAUAGCAAUCAGAUGAAAGGUAUAUGUGCGCAUACUGGACAGAGACAGAAAUACAUACAUUAAUUUUUAUAUACGUAAAAUUACGCAACUGUUGAAGGAAGCGUUCUAUCUACCAUCCAUCCAUUCAUCCGUCAGUCCGUCGAUCCGCCCGUUCACCCAUACAUCCUUCCAUAUAUCCAUAUCUACAUCAAUCCAUCCAUAAUUUCAUCCAUCACUCUAUAUAUGUAUCAAUCUAUCUAUCUAUCUAUCUAUCUAUCAUCUAUCUAUCUAUCUAUCUAUCUAUCUAUCUAUCUAUCUAUCUAUCUAUCUAUCUAUCUAUCUAUCUAUCUAUCUAUCUAUCUAUCUAUCUAUCUAUCUAUCUAUCUAUCUAUCUAUCUAUCUAUCUAUCUAUCUAUCUAUCUAUCAUCUAUCUAUCUAUCUAUCUAUCUAUCUAUCUAUCUAUCUAUCUAUCUAUCUAUCUAUCUAUUUAUCUAUUUAUCUAUCUAUCUAUUUAACUAUCUAUCGAUUUGUCUGUCUGUCUUUCAUUCUGUUUGUCUAUCUAUCUAUCCAUUUAUCUAUCUGUCUAUCUAUCAUCUAAGAAAGUCUUAACCCAUUUGUAUAUUGAUAAUUAAACUUUUUGCUUGUGUAAAAUGACUUGGAUUUUUAUAUUCAUUGGAAUAAUUGUGUAAAUAUAGUUACGUUUCGAUAACAUCAUUGAUUUUCUUAAUUGGUAAAAUGAGAAUAUAUCAUCUAUUUCUCACAACUGUAAUAUCAUUAGAUUUAAAAAAAUUGUCAUCCACGUAAAAUUGUACCCACCCUAUAUCCUAACCACCAUAUAUAUAUAUAUACCUAAGAAGGUUAGUUAUUUGUCAAAUUCAUUGUGAGGCGUAUCGUGUGCUGCCUUGGGCAAAUAAAAAUUAUCAUCGUAUUACUUCUUCACCACCCCAUCCCACAACAGAGUUUUAAAGAAAAUUAACAAUCAUCUGCGGUUAUUUAACCACCUUUCUUACGCAAAAACAAUUUUGUUUAAAUUCCAAGUGCUUUUUCUUAUUUGGAUGUGAAUUAGUGAAUGUUUUUUGGAUAUGUAGUUUUGCAGGAGUAAUUGCAUUAAACGGCAUUUUCGUAUUAAAAGUAUAUUGAAAUGGUAAGUUUUUAACUACUUUAUACAUUUCAAAAAAGUAUAUUAUUUGAUUGAAUAAAAGUAAAAAGUUAUUAAAUGUUAAAAAUACAAAGCUAAAGCUGUAUUAAGUUUUAGAAAAUUUUAGCAAUUUAAAAGUAUCUAUUAUAUGUAUUACUUUUACUUUCAAGAAGGGGAAAAUACAUUCUUCUCGCAUCAAGUACCAGUCUGCUAAUCUAUGCUUCAACUCUUUCAUUGACCCUUACUUUCCUGGCUAUCUCUCUGAACUGUUGCUUCCUUACAUCCCCACAAGACAACUACGCUCUUCAACUGACAAUAGAACCCUCUAAAUCCCAAAAACCAAAACUAAGACCAUCAGUGAACGCUCUUUCUACUUACAUUCGCACACGUUCUGGAACCAACUCCCCUUCCAUAUCCGUCAUUGUGAAACCUCGUCCACUUUCAAAAAGUCCCUUAAAACCCAUCUGUUUAGGUCCGCCUAUGACUUAUGCUGCAACCUCCUUUCCCUGCCUCAUUUUCUGUCUCGGGUUGAUGCUGUAUUUAAGUAUAUGACAAAACGUGCCAAGUGUACUUGUUUUUAUAGCCAUUUUAAUGUUUUGGCUACUGUUUUUAUAGCCAUUUUUCACAUUGAAGUUACUAUUCUAGUGUCUCUGGUUUUUCAUUUUAUUUUACUUUAGCAGUUUAAAUAGUUUACACAUUUUAAAUAAUUGUAAAGUGCUUAGAGCUGUAAGGUAAGCGCUAUACAAAAAUGCCGAAAUAAUAAUAAUAAUAAUACAGUUUUAAAAAACUUAGAUCUGUGGCUAAAAUAGGCAAUCGUGCUAUGACGUCAUUUGCGUCAUGAACUUUAUUUUUAUUUCGCAAUAUUUACAUUGCACUAAAAUAUGCACUAAGAAUAAAAGAUGUUCGGAUUUUUACCCAUAAAGGUGAUUAUGGUGCAAUUCUUAGAACAUCAUAUUUUAAUCAAUAAUUUUUUUCAUAACUUUUACAUUCGGAUAAAAUGCUUAAAAUAGUUCCUUAGUUGUUACUUUAGAUAUAUUUGUAAUUUAUAAUAAUAAUCCUUAAGCUUUUGCUCAAAUAAAAGCGGAAAUAUGAUGUUUUUUGCGCAUGUAAAUUUAUUCAAUUUCCGUAUAUUAUUAGAAAGUAAUUAUGAUUGUUCUUAAGAAUCGGAAAGUAUCAAAAUAAUUUCGCUAUUUAAGCGUUAUGUCACUCUAGCUCAUGUUCAUUAUGUAAAGAAAGUUAGACGCUACCAGCAACAUUUGUAGUUAAUGUAUUCCCUAAAAAUUAACCGAACCUUACAAACACUUUUUUCACAUUAAUUACUACCUAAAUAAAACGAGAAAUAUUCAGUCAUAGUGUAUUUAAUUUCAUUUUUUUUUCUUUUUUUAAAAUCUGAUUUCUUCUAAAAUCUAUUCUGGUAUGUUAGACGUUUUUAAAUAGUUUUGGAAUGGUUUGGAUUAAAGUAAUGAAAAGUUUAAAAACUGCUUUUGUUAUUAAAAGAUUAAUGAUAAAAAGUCAAUUUGAAUGUAACGACCCAAGGCAGUGUAAAUAAUCAAUAAGAUAAAUUUAAAUUUUGAUGAAUAUAUUUUAACAGAUAAAAUAUUACAACACUGAAAUUGUAUCGUUGUUUUUGUUCAAAUGAGAUUUCGGUUUGUAUUUUAAAUGACUUUUAAAAUAGGAUACGAUUAUUUUAUUAAUCCAAAUAAAUGGAAAUGUUUUUUAAUUGCAUUAUACAUUUUCAGCACAAAAAUAAAACAAUUUGAACACAAGACAUUUAUAAUAAAUUAUUUCAAACAGCCAUUCAGUGAGUUUUCUUAGCCAAAUUGGGGACUUAUUAGUUAUCAUUCAGAUGUGUGACUUUAGAGGAAGCACACCGGUAAAUUCAUACAUAUUGGGGAACAAAAAAAAUAUUAUAUCUGUCAGUCCUCGCCCUGGUGGGAAGAAUUCGUCCCCAAAAGCCCGAUCCUAAGUAUCUGUGAUGAAGAGGGUGUUAAUAAUUUCAUAAAAUAUUUUCAGUAAUGUUCUGUGCAAAAAAUUGUUCAUUUAACAUUCAAUUUGUAUUAUUUCCAGUAAUAGAGGAGAUUACUCUGACAUACACGGUAAGAACGUAUAUAUUUGUAAAGUAACAGUUUAAAAAUAGUAAGUCCUAUAAAAAUGUGUAUGAAGAUAGCUUUGCACUGCCAAAAUUGAUUUGAAGUAGUAAGUUUAUUCAUGCAUCCUUAAUUUGCUUUGAAAAAAUGUGUAUUUCUUACAUCAUUAUCUCUUUUUUUUUAAAGUUUAGAAUAUAAUUAUGUCCUCAACUACUUAUAAUUUUUACUACGUUAGGUAUUGUUUUAAAAUAGGGUUUCCCAAACUUAAGGUAUCCGGAUAUCUAAAUAAACUAUUUUUUGGUUUAUGUAGAAUCUAAAUACUAAUGUAUACCAUUGUUAAAUUUCCGUUUCAUUAGAUAGUUAUAUCUUAACAUGUAAACCACUCUUCUCUUUUUCAUCGAUUAUUAACUAUAUAUUAAAAAAAAUGGAAAAAAAGUUUUACUUUAUUUUUAAAAUAUAGCAAAACAUUACUAAUCCAUCUCCUUUCCAUAACCCAGUGCAGUAUUGUCGGAAGCCAAUAUUUAUUUAUUUUCAAAAAAAAAAUCAUUAGAUUUACAUCCUUAACAUUUUCAAUCUUUAAAUUAUGGGAUCAUCCUGCUACCUCCCUCAUUAACAUCCUAUUUUACUUGAACAAUAUUUGUGGUAAAUAGUAAAAUACUUCUAUUCAUUGUUUAAACGAAACAUUUUUAGCCCAAUUUUACUUUUUGACGUAUUGUUAUCGUAAUAAAAAUAUAUUUAUCCUUUUUCUAUUCAACUGAACUCAAUUUUUAAAAGAAAAAGUUUAAUUUUUUAGGGCUAGCUCUAUAAUUUUGCAAGGAAUAAGGGGUAUUCAUCACGCAUCACAAAAAUAUAUAUAGAUCAGUGUGUGUACUUUGAGAAGAGGAAAAGGUAGUGGGAUGUUUUACUGUGGUACCGGGAAGGAGUUUCCCCUGUAAAACCUUAUAGUGAAUGGUGGCUAAGGAAAAAGGAUCAUGUUUCUGGGAUUGGUGAGAUGUGGAUGAUUUGUUAUAGGGGAGAGUAGGAAUGAAUAAAGAUAUGUUAUGGUGUAUUUGGGAUUGGAGAUAGUUGAAAAGGAAAAUAAAACAUUUUUGUUUAAAUUGAUUGUGUAUACUAUGUCUUAAUUUAUGUUACAUCCAUGGUGUUCUAAGCUGAAAUUCCGUAAUUAAAUAAAGUAUUAUGUGCUAUCAUUUUCUAAAAAUAUAUGCAAUUGUGCAUAUAUAAAAGCUAUAGAAAAGAAAUUUGGGUGAACCAAUAUAGGGUAACGUUAUAAUUAUUUAAGUAUACUUUCCAUAAACGUAUUGAUCAAUUCCUCUAUAUAUUAUAUAGAGAAUCCACACAAAUAUGAAUUACCCGUUUUUAAACCAAGUGAGUCAUCUCAAGAAGAGUUAACGGUGACAUAUGCUAGUGUACACGCUUCUGUAGUUGAAACAAGCUUCAACCGAUCUCCUUCUUUGGGUUUUAUAACAACGAAUACUAUGGCCAAUAGGAAACAGGUGUAUAGUAAUGAACAGGAUGCAGGUAAUAAUGUGUCAAUAAACGUUAUUGUUAUUCAUUAGUUUAAGACUUUAUUUUUAAAUGACAAAACAAAGUGGUCAUAUUUAUGUUGGUAUAAAUUCUUUCCAUGACAGAGCACACACAAAUUUCAAAAUAAACAAGUUGUAAUACAUUAACUUAUUAUUUUCUACGAAGAAAAUUCUAGAUAUGGUUUAAUUAAGAAAAUGGGCCGAUAAACAAAAUGAGUUCAUGUGUGGAGUGUUUUACUCGAGCAAUUGUUAUUUUGGUUAUAUUCCUCUUUAAAGGACUACAGCUAGUCAUGUCCAUUUACUCUUCCUUUCACACUGAAUAUUGUGAAGGGACUUCCGUAAAAAUUACUUAUGAAAGGCGUGGGUAUAAAUUGUUAACACAAUUUUGAAUAUAUCUGGAUUGCAGUGGGCAGACAUAAUUACUAGAGAGAGGCGCAAAAGAAGAUCCCUUACUAUAAUCGUACAUUCCUAAUUUGCAUGAAUCAACUGUAAGGAGCUACUGUUGUUCGACUUUAGAUAGGGCAGAUCAAAAAGGAAGUUUGUUACAUAUGUUGAAGCCUUGCAAAAUUAUAAAUGUUUAUCAUAAUAUCAUGAUCCAUGAGGCAUUGUGUUAAUGAGUGAAUAUAGAAACGGCUAAAAACCUCCGAAUGUAGCACCAUUGGCGAAAAUUGGCCAGCAGGCCUUAGUCUGCUGAUUACUGUUCUAUAUAAAAUAUAGGUAUCCUAUUAAUAUAUAAAACAAUCUAUUAUUUACAAUAAGUAUUACAUUUCCAUGUAUCUUUAAAUAUACAGAUUAUGUACCUAAAGAUGCAUAUCAUCACUACGAUGAAGCUGUUGCUGAGUAUCGGAACGAGGAAAACAAUGUUGUUGAAGAAUGAGUCUGAUAAAACAUUAUAAUAACAACUUUUCUUUUUAAACAGCUGUUUUUGAAUACCUGUGGACAUUAAAUGAUUUAGGUAACAAAAUCAAUUUAAUUGAACAUAAAGUGUUAGUAAUAAUGUCU